AUGGGAAGCAGGGAUCCCGUAAACCCCGCCGUUGUGGCCACCGCUAAGCAGUGCCUCAGCGAAUCCCUCGCCAAGCCCGUCCAGCCCGCCCUCAAGAAGGCUUCCUACAACAUCAAGCAGCUCGAUGAGAUCGACAGGCGCAUUAAGGCGUGCCAGUCCGGCAUCGUUGAGACCGCGACCUCCACCCCCGCUGCCUCCUGCCGCUACGAAGCCCGUGUCAAGGCCGGCAAGGGCUACCCCAAGGAGUCCCUCGUCGACUUCCUCGCCCCGUGCCUCACCGGCAUGAAGGUUGACUCUUCCAUUAUUUCAGAGUCACAAAAAUGCAUCACCGCUUCCCUGGCCAAGCCUCUUUAAACCUGAUAGGUUAAUCACCAAUGACGCGAAAGCGACAAUGUCUGCCUCUCAUGAAUAUAAAUAAAAUAGCUCAAAUAUUGCACU